UUUUAAAGUGAGGCCACUGCCCGGAGGGAGGAGGACAAAGAGGCAUGGCAAUGGCAACAGAGGCAGGUUCUGAAUCAUCUCCCGGUGAUGGUGGAUGGGAAAAAAGAGCUGUAUGCUUGCCUUGGCAGUUUGUUUCCUUUGAGGAGGUGGCUGUGUAUUUCACCAAGGAGGAGUGGGAUCGCCUGGAUCCAGGCCAAAAAACUCUUUAUACAGAAGUCAUGCUGGAGAUCCGUGGGAUGGUAGCCUCUCUGGGUGAUGGUCAGGCGAAUGAGAACUGCCAGAGGCUGUCUCUUGUGUCAUGGGAAGAUGAAGAGUCUGAGGAUGGACAAGAUUUAUUUGGGAAUCCAGAGAAACUAAAUAUAGGCAUGUGGAAAGGAAAGAAUUUUUUUUCCAGUUCUCAGGUGGCAGAAGGUGAAUCAAAACAAUAUGCUAUUAUCCAGUCAGAAUCAAAAUUAUAUCGAGACAUGAACCAUGGAAAACAUUUUAGUGAUAAUGGAAUAUUUUCUGAGGAAAGAGACAAAGGGGAGAAAAUAUGCAAAUGUAUGGAAUGUGGCAAGAGCUUCACUAUUAUUUCUGCCCUUCUUUCACAUCAAAGAAUUCACACAGGAGAGAAACCUUUUCAAUGUAUGGAGUGUGGAAGAAGCUUCAGCCAGAAAGGGAAUCUUAAGCGCCAUCAAAGAACUCACACAGGGGAGAAACCUUAUAAAUGCAUGGAGUGCGGAAAAAGCUUCACUGAUAAAGUGAAGCUUCGGUGGCAUCAAACAACUCACACAGGUGAGACCCCAUAUAAAUGCAUGGAGUGUGGAAAGAGCUUCACCGAUAAAACAAGCUUUAGGCAGCAUCAGAGAACUCACACAGGGGAGAAACCAUAUAAAUGUAUGGAGUGUGGAAAGAGCUUUAAUUACAAAGGAUACCUUAGAGUGCAUGAAAGAACUCACACAGGGGAGAAACCUUAUAAAUGCACAGAGUGUGGAAAGAGCUUCAGUGAUAGUGGGACCCUUACUGCCCAUCAGAGAACUCACACAGGAGAGAAGCCGUAUAAAUGCAUGGAGUGUGGAAAGAGCUUCAGUCAGAAAGGGGCCCUUAGGGGCCAUCAAAGAAUUCACACAGGGGAGAAACCAUAUAAAUGUAUGGAGUGUGGAAAUAGCUUCAGUCAGAAAGGGGCCCUUAAGAAGCAUCAGAGAACUCACACCGGGGAGAAGCCAUAUAAAUGCACAGAAUGUGGUAAGAGCUUCACUGGUAAAUCGAACCUUUGGCAGCAUCAGAGAAUUCACACAGGGGAGAAGCCACAUAAAUGCAUGGAGUGUGAAAAGAGUUUCACUGAUAAAGCAAACCUUAGGCAGCAUCAGAGGACUCAUACAGGGGAGAAACCAUAUAAAUGCAUAGAGUGUGGAAAAGGUUUCCUUCUGAGCUCAAGUCUUACUAAACAUCAAAGAGCUCACACAGGGGAGAAACCAUAUAAAUGCCUGGAAUGUGGAAAGAGCUUCAGUGAGAAAGGUGUACUUAGGCGGCAUCAAAGUAUUCACACAGGAGAUAAACCAUAUACAUGUAUGGAGUGUGGAAGGGGCUUCAGUCGAAAAGAGAGUCUUAAGUUGCAUCAAAGAAUUCACACAGGGGAGAAACCAUAUAAAUGUAUGGAGUGUGGAAAGAACUUCAGUCACAAAGGAAAUCUUAGGCUGCAUCAAAGAAGUUACACAGGGGAGAAGCCUUGUAAAUGCAUGGAGUGUGGAAAAAGUUUCAGUGAGAAAUGGGUGCUUAGGCGGCAUCAAAUUAUUCAUACAGGGGAGAAACCAUAUAAAUGUAUUGAGUGUGGAAGGAGCUUUAGUAGGAAAGGUGUCUUUAGGCUGCAUCAAAAUAUUCAUACAGGAGAAAAAUCAUAUAAGUGUAUGGAGUGUGGAAAGAGCUUCACUCAUAAAGGGAACCUUAGGGUGCAUCAAAGAACUCACACAGGAGAGAAACCAUAUAAAUGCAUGGAGUGUGGAAAAAGCUUUACUUCCAAGGGGUACCUUAGGGUGCAUGAAAAAACUCACACAGGGGAGAAACCAUACAAAUGCAUGGAGUGCGGAAAGAGCUUCAGUCUGAAAGGAAGGAGCCUUAGAAAGCAUCAACGUCUUCACCUAGGGGAGAAACUACAUAAAUGCAUGGAGUGUGGAAAGAGUUUUACUCUGAAAGGGAGCCUUAGAAAGCAUCAAAGUUUUCACACAGGCGAGAGACCAUAUGAAUGUAUAGAGUGUGGCAAGAAUUUCACUCAGAAAGGCGACCUUAGGCGGCAUCAGAAUAUUCACACAGGGGAGAAGCCAUAUAAAUGCAUGAAGUGCGGAAAGAGUUUCAGUAAGAAAGAUGCCCUUAGGGUGCACGAAAGAACUCAUACAGGGGAAAAACCUUACAAAUGCCUGGACUGUGGAAAGAACUUCAGUCUGAAAGGGAACCUUAGACAGCAUCAAAUUUUUCACACUGGGAAUAAGCCAUUUCCAUGCAUGGAGUGUGGAAAGAACUUCACUCAAAAAGGUGCCCUCAAGAGGCAUCAAAGUAUUCACACAGGGGAGAAACCAUAUAAAUGCACAUCGUGUGGAAAAAGUUUUAGUCUGAAAGACGCCCUUAGGCUGCAUGAAAGAAUCCACACAGGGGAGAAACCACAUAAAUGCAUGGAAUGUGGAAAAAGCUUCUGUCAGAAAGGGAAUCUGAGGCUGCAUCAAAGAACUCACACAGGGGAGAAACCAUAUAAAUGCAUGGAGUGUGGAAAAAGUUUCAAUCAGAAAGGAAAUCUUGCAGUGCAUCAAAGAACUCACACAGGAGGGAAACCGUGUAAAGAUAUGGAGUGUAGAAGGAGCUUCAAUCUGGAAGGGCACCUUGAUCAGCAGCGAAGGACAGAGGAGAAACCAUAUAAUUGCAUGGAGUGUGGUAAGAGUUUCCACCUGAGCUCAAGACUUACCCAACAUCAGGAGGCUCACACAGGGAUGAAGCAUACAUAUGUAUGGAGUGUGGAAAGAGAUUCCGUCUUCUUCCAGUUUCUAAGCUGCAGACUUCAUUUGGAUUGAUGAUUAAUUAAACUGAAAUAUAGGAAGUCUCCUAAUUUUGAUAUCUUCAUUGUUAGCAUUAAAGUUAUG